CGUCGGCGGGGCUGGUCUGCGUGAGGAGACGGCGUCGCUCCAUCGCGCAGCAAAAAAAUGGCUUCCGACGCGGACCGGCUCUUCGUGCUGCGGGGAGUGAGAAGCCCCCUGAGAGAGAGGCCAAACGAUUAUCAGACAAACUCGCAAAAGACAUCCAGCAACCGACAGCGAGUUCCCAUGAACACAUCAGAUGACUGGAUUGCAUCAGUGGCUUCCAGGGAUGAUGCAUCACUCGCUGAAAGACAGGCACUUGAAAUGGCUUUGUGUCACGGCACAAAGGACAACGACAUCAGUGAGCUGCAGCAGAGUUUACGUGAACUUAAGGUUCAAGUUAACAACAUGGCUGCCAGUCUCAACUCUGGAUUUGUUUCCAAGUACCACCAGAAGAGAGAUUCGCAAUGUGUCUUCGGGUCCCAUAACCCAAACAGCGACUGGUCUAUUUUGCCUAAUGAGGCAGCCCCCAAGGUGGGUGCACUUGGUCACUCAACCUCCACAAAGCGGCCCGAGUGGUUAGAGAAGCCGUUGGACAACUAUCGGGUACUCUCGGGUUUGGCAACUUGCGUUCAGCCUGCCUCACCAGCUGGUCAAGCAAACGGCCCUGCUACAAGCGAGCUGACCACCAAACACCGCCCGACCACCACGAAUUCACCCCUAGACAUUGUGCACAGAAAACGCUUUCCUGUUCAGAUCGGUGCGCCACAUGUCAUUGGAGUCAAGGCCCUGCUUCCUCCGAAAUUUCCUGUCAGGUACCAAACCCCUGAGAGAGCCAGGUCGCAGCUCUUCAGAAGCCGAUCUUCAUCGCCCAGUCGCUCUGGGGAUAUUCAGUCGCGUUCUCUGUCUCCGGCCCCGAAGAGAGCUCGCUGGCAGCGAUCCCGUUCACAGUCUCCAAAGCCCAUCUGGAGGCCGAGUUCUGCUAAGGUGAACGCGUGUGGUCGGCCCGUGCCUCCAGUUAACGCUCGGACGUCAAGGGGCAAGAAGGUAACUGUCAGCAGGCACUGCAGACCACGUUUCUCCAGACCCGUCCAACACUCGCAUCCCGCAUCCAGGAGGAGCUGCGACCCACUAUGGACUCCAUGCGGUUUAACAACAGCUGCUGUCUCGCCUCCACCCACUCAGGAAAUCAGUGAAACGUUCUUCCAGUGGCUGGCAGAGGGUGACCUAAGACAUUCUUUGGAGGAGACGUCUCUUCACCAAGAGGAGUUGUCUCACCUCAGGCUGCAGCGCCUUCGUAUGGACGGCGAGACGUUCCUGGAGCUGAAAAGGCAACGAGAACAGGAGAGAAUCCGGGGCCCAAAGGCAAAAUGGUACGAGAUGAAAGGAUCACAGUUUCAUUAUGAAGCGCGGAAGAACAACAUCGUGCUCCAAACCAGAGCGGAUCAGCAAAGUCUUCAACCACAGAAAGGAUGUAACAACAAUAACAACUAGUGUCUAGGGAAUUCACUCAAAGUGCGGCUCAGUGAUUCACGAUCACAAGCUGUUCUUCAGGUUUCAGGGUCAAACCACAGAAAAGUUUUGGCGUAAAACAUUUUCGAAAAGGUUUUCGAAAUCUGCACAACUCUAGAAAUUCACUUUUGUCACUCUGUUGCUGUUGUAACUAUAUAUUCCCUCCCACUAACCCCCGACUAGAUUGUUCGGAAAAGAACACAAAAUGGACAUUAAGAGUUCAUUUUCACCCUGUACGGUUUAGCUUCUUUGCUGAAUCCAAUUCUGAUUUCAGGUCGUGCGGCAUUAAGUCAAGCUGCAACUAGGAUGAUUCAAGAGUUAAAGGCUUCAGGAAACAUUCACAUUGUUUGCGGAGAAUAAAGUGAGUGUUGGUCACGUCUGACUGGAGUGUAUGUUUCCUCUGAGAACCAAAGGGAAACUCUAUCACUCUUCCUUAAAUCAUUCAAACUCUGUGCACGGAUAUAACUAAGUCAUCCAGGGAACCUUUAAGGGUUUUGUGCCAUUUGUAGUCACUUUUAUCAGAUGACCUUCCAAUUCUUGCUCUCUGCUCAUUGCUGGCAGCAUCAGUUUUCUCUCUGCCUCUAUUUUACUCCAUAAAAAAAGUGUCAUUUAUUAAACCCUUGUGAUUGACAAUUUGUUAAAUGAAAACGCUCGCUGCAGCAUUUGUUAUGUGCGUAGACCAUUUUUUUCGCUUCCAUGCAGAAUUUUAACAAGAAAGUUGCUUUUACCUUAUCAUACACCUAGAGAUUUCUGCACUAGUUUGACAUAGGUUUACUGCCCUUUGGAACCCAACACAUAAAGAGAAACUGUGGCUUUGCUGGUAUCGUGCAGAGGCGUGAUAAAAUCAUUCAAACUCUGUACACAAAUAGGAGUGUAUAGGUCAUCCUAGAAAGGGAUGAUACAUCAUCCAGCGAGUCUUUAAGAGCUUUGGCCAUUUGUAGCCACUUUUAUCAGAUGACCCUCACUUAAGAUUCACAAUGUAAGAUCAUCGUUAUAUACCAGUUUUAACGUCCUAUGAUAAUACCUUGGCAGGAAGACAAAUUAUGAGAGUGCAUU